AUGAAGGGGGAUACCCAGACGAAUUACCACUUCUCCGUAAAGAACGUAAAUUUCUUCAAAAGUGCCUUGGCUCUUCUGAGCGUAGAUGACAGCAAAAGUAACUCGCUUGUGAGGAGAAGUACAGGCAGCCAAGGGGAAGUGGAAAAUUGUAUUCUCUUUAAUCUCCUUGGUGACGGGUUAAUGUUACGGAGCUGGUCUAAGUGCAAACAGAUAUAUUGUUUUAUGUUCCUCGAUUCGGACUGCUUUACGAGCUACAACAUUUUCGAUCAGGGGGGUGGCCAUGGGGAGAAGGAUGCGGAUAGGUACCCGGAGAAGGGUCGGAGAAGAGGAAGUGACAGCUCCAUAGGACAGAAGAAUGGCCCAUGUGGGUGUCCUCAUUCAAGUGGCUUCUCCGAAGGUUCAUGCAGCAGAUGCCAGACCCCGAGGAUGAAAAAACGUUGCAAAAGGGAAGAUGAACACACGUAUAGCGAGGAAGACAACCAGAGCCACGAAGAUGAUACGAACAGCGUAAAUUCAGAUAAUUUGUACACUACCCAUGCGAUAAACAUGGAGUGUAACGCUUUGAUCAAACUGAAGGCCGUGUCUCCACUAAAGGUUAAACCUACGGAGAGUAAUAAAACAGAACAUCCAAAUGAGGACGAGUAUUUUAUUCGAAAAAAGGUAUAUGAAAAAAUCGAUGACGAGGAUAGAAACAACAAAAUGGAAUUUCUCGUAUGUCAGUACGAAUUACUCAGAGCUGUGGAAUUUUUGGACCCUAUUCUUUUAAACAUCAAAUUUGAUUACGCUAAUCGCCAGUUGAUUUUGCACCUCACUGAUGAAGAUGGGGACACGUCUGAGACCUUCGUCAGAAUCAUUGUAGACUACUACCAUGAGAUGAGCAAGUUAGAAAAAUACACCUUUCUACAAAAUGAUUAUAAUUUCUUUUCCAUCCUCUCCACCACUUUUUCCUUUUACCUCGACUAUUUAAUUAAGAGCACCGAUGAGUACAUUACUUUUUAUAUAACGGAAUAUGCCAACGAUAGCACCACGGUGCUUAAAAUGGAAACGAAAAAUAAGAAUUACCAACGGUCCGUGCAGCUCAUGCCCAAGGAGAACUUCCAACAUUUUAAGAGCUCAAAAAGUCAAAUAUUCAAGUACCGGAUAAGAGACUUAGCCAAAAUUAACCAGGCUCUCAGUAACGCGAAAAAGAAAAGAAAUGAAACAGAACUGAAAAAAAAAAUGAAACAAAACUGA